AUGGCGUCUUCAAAUCCCAGAGAAUCGACAAGACGACCCCAUAAAAAGUCUAGGUAUGGGUGCAAAAGCUGCAAGACAAGGCGAUUAAAGUGCGAUGAGACCAAGCCAGCAUGUGCAAAUUGUUUGAGGCACAGCAUACAAUGUGAAUAUUUAAUCUUGUCUCUCAAUAAUCCCGCGCUUUCAGCACUUUCCACAAAGAAGUUACCUCUACCCACUACAGUGACAGUCACGCGACGAAAUGCUCAUUUCUCGCGUCCUGUUCCGCGCAAUCCCAUUUCUUUUUACUUCCCGACCUCCAUUUCCACUACUGUGUCGGGAGUAGACGAAGCACUCGAGCUCCGCCUAUUUCAACACUUUGUAAAUAUCACCGAUGUACCUCAAUUAUUUUCUGCAUGCAACAUAUCCCUAUGGAUCAUUCAGCUCGCUUGUCGUCAUCGUUCAGUAAUGGAAGCUUUGUUGGGUGUUUCAGCAUUUCAUCUCCGGAGUUCAUUUUCAUCAUCCUCUUCUGCUUUUCCCACCAGUGCAAUACCUGAAAGUAAAUCGGAGAGAGAAGUAAUAAAAGCAAGUCAUCAUUAUAUGGGCUUGGCUAUUGCUACUCAUCGAAAAUUAAUCAUCGAGGAAGGUAUUACGGAAAAGACAGCCGAUGCAGUUCUGGGAUCUUGUUUGUUCAUUACAUAUCAUUGUGCGGGAAGUCGAAAAUUCCUCAAUCAAGCUCAUGAUUCAGCACCCUCGUCCAACAGCUGCACACAGAAACAUAGGCAAUUGUGUAGAGUACCACUGUAUUGGUUCGUCCCCAUGAAAAGUUUCAAAGAUAUGAUAUAUCUAGCUGCAGCAUACGUCCAAAAUGAAGGAAUGAGAGCACUUUUGCAAUGGGAGGAAGCUAAUGUUUGGAUCAUUCUCCAAAAUGAAAUGUUGCCGGAUCCUGACAACGAUUAUCCUACGACAUUUAAUUUUCUCCUCGACGAUUUACCGCUUGAUGCACCGGAUUAUAAUACCUAUGCUCUUUGCAUCAAGUAUCUGAAUCUCCUCAGCGGAGGUGAAAUCACUAAAUUUAUUCUGAAAUUCCCGGCAUUGGUACCCUCGAGAUUCGUGGAGUUGUUGAGGGAGAAAGAUAUGAGGAUGAUGGGUAUAGUCGGGUAUUUUUUGAUGUUAGUGAGGAGAGUAGACCAUGAGAAACAUUUGUGGUGGAUGGCAGGGGCGGUGGAAAAUGAUUGGGAGGGAAUGAAACAUGCUUAUGAAAGUGAUGAGGUGUGGAAUAAGAGGAUGGAAUGGGCUAGGAGGGAGAUUGAGGGUGGGGAGUUUAUAGACUUUGGAAUUGGUGAGGCGUUGGCUAGAGUUUAG